GCUGCUCCACCGCGUUUCCCAACCCCGCUGGAGUUUCAGCUUGAUUUGCCUCAUUUUUUGAUAAACUUAUGAGGUUUUUGAGUUCGUCCUGAUGUCAGAUAAAACUGUUAAACGUCCCGGGGUCGGGGUCGGGGUGCUGGUCACAGACUCAGCCCACCCUGGUUGCGUCCUCCUCGGAAAACGGAGGAGCGCUAUGGGUAAAGGGACAUACCAGCUCCCCGGGGGUCAUUUGGAGUUUGGAGAGACGUGGGAGGAAUGUGCUCACAGGGAGGUGCUGGAGGAAGCAGGGGUGCGCUUGGUGAACGUGCGCUUUGCGUCAGUGGUGAACUCCAUCAGACUGGAAGAGCAGUACCACUACGUCACCAUAAUCAUGCAAGGACACCUGGACAGGAAGCUUUCAGGAGAGCCAGAGAACCUGGAGCCAGAGAAGAACGAGGGCUGGACGUGGACACGCUGGGAUGAGUUUCCUCCAGAGCAGCAGCUCUUCCUGCCACUGGCCGGUCUGAGACAACAAGGCUUCCAGCCGUUCGGGAAGACAGAAACAAACUCUGAAACUCAGCCUUGAAACUGCCUGUUGCAUUGGGUGGCACCGCUGACACCCACUGCUAACAGCACGGUCCACAGGGUUGCAGCAGCGGUGACCACGGCGCCGUUAAAGGUCUUGUCGUGGGCGUAGGUGAUGAUGUGCAGGGCUCCUCUGUAGGCCUCCUCACAGGUCG